CGCGCGAGGGUCAAAAACUCACCAGACCGCGAGAGGUAAAGACGGAAGCUACGUUGGUAACGGUGCCACAAACCCAGGAACACAGUGCGUUCAGUGGAAAAAUCUCGUUAUUUGUUAUCGCAAACAGAGUAACCCGUGAGCAAAAGAAACAGUGCAACGAACAGAAGAUUUCGGAAUCAACCACGGACUUGAAGUAAAUUUGUGAGUGCGUGUGCAGCAGACUAGAGCGAGUGGAACAUUCUGGAAUAGAAGUUACGCGAGCGUGUGUCAUACACCAAGACGACAAUGGGGAAAGAUUUCUACAAAAUUCUCGGCGUCUCCAAGACGGCCACCGACGAUGAGAUCAAGAAGGCCUACCGGAAGCUGGCUCUGAAGUACCAUCCGGACAAGAACAAGUCACCGCAGGCCGAGGAGCGGUUCAAGGAAGUGGCGGAAGCGUAUGAGGUGCUAUCGGACAAGAAAAAGCGCGACGUGUACGAUCAAUACGGCGAGGAAGGCCUGAAGGGUGGAGCGGGCGGUAUGGGAGGUGGUGGUGGACAGUCACAGUUCCAGUACAACUUCCACGGUGAUCCGCGCGCCACCUUCGCCCAGUUCUUCGGCACAAACGAUCCGUUCAGCGUGUUUUUCGGUAGCGACGGCGGCAACAUCUUCCACCAGGAAAUGAGCAGCGGUGGCAUGAUGGACGAUCCGUUCGGGUUCGAUGGCCGAGGUGGCGGUGUGCAGAUGGGAGGAUUCCCAGGUGGUGCCUUCCGGUCACAGUCCUUCAACGUGCACGGAUCGCCCCAGCGUAAGCAGAAGGUACAGGAUCCACCGAUUGAGCACGAUCUGUACGUGACGCUGGAGGACGUGAACACGGGCUGCCAGAAGAAGAUGAAAAUCUCGAAAAUGGUGAUGGGACAGGAUGGUUCGGCGCGCAAGGAAGAGAAGAUACUGAACAUCAACGUGAAACCGGGCUGGAAGUCGGGCACAAAGAUAACGUUCCCGCGUGAAGGUGACCAGGUGCCCGGUAAGGUUCCGGCCGACAUCGUCUUCAUCAUCCGGGACAAGCCACAUCCGCACUUUAAGCGCGAAGGAAGCGACAUUAAGUACACGGCCAAGGUUUCGCUCCGUCAGGCACUGUGCGGAACUGUGGUAAAGGUACCGACCCUUAGCGGGGAACUACUGACCAUCUCGACGGCCAAUGAGGUGAUCAAACCGCACACGGUGAAACGAUUACAAAACCGGGGUCUACCGUUCCCGAAGGAACCGAACCGAAGAGGAGAUCUGCUGGUGACGUUCGACAUUCGCUUCCCCGAUACCGUCGAUGCCAGCACCAAGGAAAUCCUGUCCGAUUUGUUACCCAUGGAUGCAUCGUAAAGCGCGGGCCAUCAACACGAACGCGCGUUGUCACCCAGCUUGCCACUGCAAGCAGGAACAGCAGGCCAUGCACCACCUUCCAUCUCCCUACUAGGACCACCUUCUUUUCUGCGGUCAAUCCCUGCUUUUUGCCCCGUUUAAAAACACAAAUCACAUCCGCCGCACCCACCACUCCCAAUGCAAUUUGCAACGAGGAGAGAUAUCUACGCAGCGCAUUGGCACCGAGCAGCGCAGAGUGUGUCGUGCGGGUUGUUCUAGAAGGUGCCAGCUCACCUUGAACAAACAAUAACAAAGGGCGUCCCAUCUUUAGCCCAGGACAGUGGAAGAAGGGAGUGGCUAGAUGAAAUCCUAUUUUCAACCAUCACAUGACGUCACAGCACGGUGCAACAACGGGAAAAUGCAAAGCGAACCCCCAAACAUCAUCAUCAUCAGCAGAAAAGAAGGUUCUAGUAACGGCGAGAGAGAGAGAGGAAGACUCUUGCCACCGCUCGCAUACUCAUUCGCGAGAGUUUUGUGCCAACGAGAGAGACAGAGAGGAAGAGCAGUUGCGCGCUAUGUGCAGCUGCCCAGCGACGAACAUCUCUCCAUGGCCUACGUGCGAGAAUGCGCCUAGCGCAGCGACACCAUACCGAGACGUAUUAAUAGGCGGCUAGAUCCGGAAAAUGGAAUGUUCUGGAACAGCGGCGCAGUAGCAGCAGCCAGGUCCAGGGCAUUCCCUCGGCCGUAAUUCUGGUGACGAGAAUCGUGAGCAAGGAUGAUCCGGCGUGUGUGAAGUUUGAUGUGAAGCUUUUUACCGAAGAUUCGUUAGGAAAAAGAUGUAAAUAGUUUAAAAAUCCAAAGUAUAUCUCAUAAUAGGAAAAAGAGGCAUUCGGCGAAUGGAAGAAGGUGGAGUAGAAGCCCGCUCUAUGCAGAUCGAUAGUAGAAAACCUUCGAAUCAGUCGUUGAAAACUAGUUUGUAACUGUAAAUAGAGAAGAGCCGUUACACGCAGGAGAUGAUGACUAGGGUAGACAUCGAGCGAGAGAGAGAGAGAGAGAGGGGACGCGCGUAAAAGAUGUAGCUUGAGGCGUAGAUAGCUACUGCGCUCUCGUUUGUAACUCCAGCUUCCACCUAUAUUUUACGUUAGCUAGCACGUUUUGAAGUGUCCCGAACCCCAUCGGGCGGUGGCGAUUAUGCGAAGUGAAGGUUAGAAGGACCGCGUUUCCUAUUUCCUAGUGGGGGAGGUUGUUUGGACCGAGAGAGCAAGGUAGAGAGUGGAAAAGGUAUUAGCUUUCGUUGUUAAAGACUGACCUGGUUCCGGGGGAGGGGUUGGUUGCAGCGUAUUGCCAACCUGGUGCUGAUGAUGACGGCGAACCUGCGUUAGCGGAGCACACCCAGGUACCAAAUAGCGCGCGAGAUAGAAAGCUCUUUCAUUCCACUAGGACACGCGCCCCUCUCACGCGACCUAUCACACUACGUUUUCGCUUAUGUCCAUGUACGAGCGGGUUAAUCAGUGUGCUAUCAUACAGAUAAAGGCCUUGAGUUUAAAGUACGUUAUAGUACGCAGGAACACACGAAGCUUAUAUUGUAAAGUGAUUAAGUUGUUUUUUCAUUUAGUUUGUUACCACAUUAAUAGCAAUCUUUCAUUUCCGUUUCGCCUAAAACCCAUAAUGUAGUAUAACAGAAGAAAGCGGAGGGUAGAAACCAUGAAAUGUGGUUCCCAAAGAAGAAUGUGCGAGAUGGUUUGAUCAAUAAAAGAAAACAAUGAUUCCUGAA